GAGGUACUUAACACAUUUUCAAUGUCCCUUAUCCUCUUAUAUUCUAACGCUGCCAAAAGAUUCCUUCCCCUUUCCCUUCUAAAAUCCCACAGUGCAUGUAGCUAGAGAUCUUCUCUCAUCACUUGUCUCCCUCCUCGGCCUUUUCCUAUCACUGUCUUCCUCUUCUUCCUUUUCGUUCCAUGGCUGCAGAUUCCAAUUCAAACCUCAGAAUCGUCGUUGAAAGAAACCCUCCAGAGUCUCGCCUGGCUGAGCUCAACAUCAAGUGCUGGCCCAAAUGGGGAUGCUCUCCAGGGAAGUACCAGUUGAAGUUUGAUGCAGAAGAGACAUGCUAUUUGUUGAAAGGGAAGGUGAAAGCAUACCCAAAAGGGUCAUCGCAGUUUGUAGAGUUUGGUGCCGGCGACCUUGUUAUCAUCCCAAAAGGACUUAGUUGCACUUGGGAUGUCUCUCUUGCCGUUGAUAAAUACUACAAAUUUGAGUCACCUUCUUCUUCUUCUUAGCGUUUUGGAUCAUGUUGUCAGUUGUAGAUUUUCAUUCAUCGAUCUAUUCUUUGUCAA